UCACAUGAGGACACAUACAGGUGAAAAACCUUAUAAAUGUGAUGUGUGUGGAAAGGCCUUCAACGAGUCUCAGAACUUAAAGAGUCACAUGAGGACACAUACAGGUGAUAAACCUUAUGGAUGUGAUGUGUGUGGGAAGGCAUUCAGCCACUCACAAAAUUUGAAGAGUCACAUGAAGACGCAUUCUGGUGAUAAACUUUAUAAAUGUGAUGUGUGUGGGAAGGCUUUCAACCAAUCACAGAACUUACUGAUUCACAAGAGGACACAUACAGGUGAUAAACCGUAUAAAUGUGAUGUGUGUGGGAAGGCUUUCAACGAGUCUCAGAACGUACGGAGUCACAUGAGGACACAUACAGGUGAAAAACCUCAUAGAUGUGAUGUGUGUGGGAAGGCAUUCAGCCACUUACAAAAUUUGAAGAGUCACAUUAGGACACACACAGGAGAAAAACCUUAUAAAUGUGAUGUGUGUGGGAAGGCUUUCAACCAGUCACAAAACUUAUCGAGUCACAUCAGGACACAUACUGGUGAAAAACCUUAUAACUGUGAUGUGUGUGGGAAGGCCUUUACACUGUUACAUCACCUACAGGAUCACAUAAGCAUACAUGCAGGUGAUAAACAUUGCAUGUAUAAAUGUGAUGUGUGUCGGAAAGCAUUCAAUAGAUUAAAUGCUUUACAGAAACACAUGAGGACACAUACAGGUGAUAAACCUUAUGAAUGUGAUGUGUGUGGGGAGGCAUUCAAACUCUCACAUAUCUUAAAGAGACACAAUAGGAUACACACUGGUGAAAAACCUUAUAAAUGUGAUGUGUGUGAAAAGGCAUUCAAACGGAAAAAUGACUUUCAGAGACACAUCAGGAUACAUACCGGUGAAAAACCGUAUAAAUGUGGUGUGUGUGGAAAAGCAUUCAGACAGUCACAACACUUACAGGGUCAUAUGAGGACACAUACAGGUGAUAAACCUUAUAAAUGUGAUGUGUGUGGAAAGGCAUUUAACUGCUCACAAAACUUAAAGAGGCACAUGAGGACACAUACAGGUGAAAAACUUUAUUAAUGUGAUAUAUAUGUGGGAAGGCUCUCUGCCACUUAGAGCACUUCAAGAGUCACAUGAGAACACAAAUAGAUGAUAAUUCUUAUGUACGUGAUGUUUGUGGAAAGGUAUUCUAUUGUUCAAAAAACUUUUUGAGACAUUGUAGGAUACAUAGUGGUGAUAAAUCUUAUAUAUGUGGUUUCUGUAAGAAAGCGUUCUAUGAAAAAAUGGACUUAAAUUAACACAUGAGGACACAUACAUGAUACAGAUGAGAACUAUAUAAUGUGAUGUAUGUGAAAAGGAUUCAAACAAUUAGGUAACUUAAAUUUAUAUGUGAGAACAUAUAUAAGUAAUAAACUUUAUGAUUGUGGUGUGUGGGGGAAGUUAUGCACAGGUUCAGGAAUAGAUACAUUCAGGUUACCUUAGAGAUGGGAUAUAUGAGUGGAAAAACAUUCUCUGUUUAAGAGAAUAGAAACGAAUGACUGGGCGACAGGGGAUGUUCAUUCCUCCAUGGUACCUGGUCCCUCUUCAAAUGUUUUGUAGGUCCAUGUUUACUGUGCUCCUAUUUUGUAUUAUUAGCUCACCUGAGCCAAAGACUCAAGUGAGCCUUUCUGAUCACAUUUUUUGUAUGGCGUCCGUCUGUCUGUUUGUCUGUCUGUCUGUAAACUUUAUCACAUUUUCUACAUUUUCUCAAGAACUGCAGGGACAAUUUCAACCAAACUUGCCAUAAAGGUUCCUUGGGUGAAGGAGAUUCAGGUUUGUUCAAAUGAUGGGCCACACCCACAUUCAAGGUGAGAUAACUGGGAAUUAUGUAAAUUUGGUGGUAUGCUUUAAAAUUUUUUUCAAGAACCACUAUGCCAGGAAGGAUGAAAUGUAUUGGGAAACAUCCACAGGAAGUGUAGAUUCAAGUUUGUUCAAAUCAUGACCCCCAGGGUAGGGCGGGCCAAAAUAGCCGACCAAAGUUUUACAUAAAAAUGUAUAGGAAAAUUCUUUAAACAUUGUCUCAAGAAUAGCAAAGGCAGGAUUGAUCAUAUUUAUAUGGACGCAUCCUUCGAUAGUGUAGAUUCAAGUUUGUAAAGUCAUGAACCCCGGGAUAGGGCGGGGCCAAAUGACUGACCAAAGUUUUACAGAGAUAUGUAUAGGUAAAUUUUUUACAAUAUAUAUCUAAAGAGUAGGAAAGCAAUAAUUGAUCAUAAGGAAGCAUCCCCAGGUAGUUAAAAUUCAUGUUUGUACAAAUCGUGACCCUCAGGAAAUAUAUAGGAUUUAAAAAAAAUCUUAUUCUUAGGAAUUACAAAGCCAUAAUUGAUCAUAUUCAUAUGGAAGCAAUCUUUGCAUUUUUUUGAAAUUUCUUUGAAAAUCAUCUUUUUGGCA